UUCUUCACCUCGGCAAGUUACCACACUGAAAUACCACCAACCUUAAAACUGUAACUACAUGAUGAUGUUUCGGAUUAAACAUUGUUCAGUAAUUCGUGGGUAGAAAUUCACUUGAGCAAACGCGUAAAGUUCUUCAAUAAGUUCCACAUGAUCAUCAUGCACGUGACGACAUGAUUAAGUUCGUUACUCGUCAUCGUGUUACUUCUGCGUGGAAGUUCGAAGUACGUUACUCUAUAGCGCCACCUGCCGAAGCCAUUGUGAAUAACAGCCCUCCCAGCGACGGACCCCAGUCGCUCUGUCUGGAACUGUGUCCUUCAGCUGAGGAUGACUUCGCCCCACGGACAUUUGAGUUUCAGAGAAAUGUCUGCAAAAAGUCGGUGCUUCUCUUUAGUGGUCAGAUGAGUACUGAAAAAAAUCUGUUUUACGUGUAAGCUGGAAAGUUAAUGAAACACCAAAAUUUGCAACAUAAUGGUGACAUUGAAAUACUUGCGGGACAGAAUAGCAGCAUCUUUGCUGGUUGCAAUGAUUUUGCACAGUAAACUAAUCAGCCUGCUUCAAGCAGAACUAAUCUCCAAAGUAACUUUGAUGGCUCAUCCUACAAAUGUGCUGCUGGAGGAGGAUGCUCUGAACCUCACUUGUUUGGCUGCAGUGAGUGGAAACCACAUUCCGCAGCUGAACUACAGCAUCCUGAAGGACGAUCACAUUGCGGCAAGUGCCACACAGUCCCAGGCCUGCAGCCUUCUGAUAGCUAAUGUCGCCAAGGCUGACGCUGGACUAUACAGAUGCUCAGUGUCUGAACCCACUGGUCUCCUUAUGCAAAGUGAGAUUGUGGCAGUCACUGUGGAAGAUUUGUUCCAGGAAGUGGUCCUGAUGCUGAUGUACAGACAGGCAUUAGUCAUGGAAAAAGAACCUCAGACGCUCACUUGUGUGGUCACUGUCAACCCCCUGAGGAAGGAUAAAUCCGACGUGACGUACACAUUUCUGAAGCAGCAGCAGCCCAUAGUAGAGGGAAGUCGCUCUCCUGUUUUUCGUAUAGUCAGCACUGAGAGAAGCGAUGCUGGUCAAUACACCUGCGCUGCGCAGUUUGGGAGUGUCGUCAGAUACAGUCGAGAGGUCACUCUUCGGUUAUAUGACAAUGUUCCGAAAGCCUCGCUGACCGUGGAGCCUCCUGGAGGUGCAGUAUAUACAGGAGACACAAUUGUCCUCAAGUGUGAGCUGGAUCAGUUUGUUGGCUGGAGAUACUACUGGUACAAGGACAGAAAAGAUACGUACCCUGUGCACCAGAAUUGGGGGAGCAGAGGGGAUGGGGCCUCAUACAGAGUGUGGCGUGCAGCUCCCACACACACUGGCCUGUACUGGUGCAGAGCAGGUAGAGGCACUCCAGUCUUCUACACUGAGUACAGCGACAUGCUCUUCAUUAAUAUCACUGAUCUGUUCGCUAGCGUCACUCUGACCGCUUCUUCUGGAACGGUGGUGAAAGAGGGACGGGCUUUGAAUCUGACCUGUGAGGUUCAGCUGAGCGUAAGCCAGAAAGACGUGCCGCAGGAUAUGAGAACAGCUGGAAUGUUAUUCACUUUUCUGAAAGAUGGCGGGGUUGUGGCCAGAUCCUAUGGCUGGAGCACGUACAGUAUAUCCAGAAUGCUCAGCACCAAUGCUGGGGUAUAUGUGUGUAUUGCCAGCUCAGGAAGUGCCAGCAAACACAGCCAGGAGAUUGUCAUUUCAUUAGACAACUCCACAGUGAUGCUGGCUGCAGGUGUUGGCACGGUCCUCACUGUGCUAGUUGCACCAUUUGCUUUUUUAGUGAAAAGCCUGUGGUCCAGAGUCAUGCAACACCGUGCCACCAGGCAGGAAUCUGAGCAAACUUCAGGACACGGGUCUGGACGUAUGAACGAAAAGCUGCGUUGUGAAGCUCUGUAGAUAUUUGCUCAAGCUGUUUUAAGUGUUUCGUUGCAAGGGACCUAGUUAUGCGAUGGAUGUGAUCUAAAGAUAAAAGUUGUUUUUACCAGGAUUGUAGUGACUUACUCUCACCACAAGAUGGGGUGUUACAAAGGAUUUUGAUCUUGGCAAUUAUAAAUUGGUUAUGCCAGAACUGGCCCUGACAAAUUUAAAUUUCUGUUUAAAAUAAGAGAAAAAAAAGAAACCACACCCCCUUUUCAGUUUUCUUCAACCUGGGCUAUUUUGCAACUCAGUAACUUCACUCCAUGUCGUCUCAGCUGUGUGUUCUGCUAAAUCUCAGUAAGUGGUGACUGUACUUGCGUAACAUCUCAGGAAAGACAUAGACGCAUCAUUAGUGAAGAAAUUCUUGAUCUGAGUGGUCAGCAUUAUGUAUGUAAGAAUUAUUAUUAUUAUUAUUAUCAUCAUUGGAAUGUUUAACAUUUUUAUUUCUUGUGAGCUGGUGGGUGAUCGAACCCAUGGCAAUAGCUGGAAGAUAGAUAGUUCUCAAGGACCCACCCUUGCCCAUCAUCAGAGAAUAAUGAUGGAUGGCUGCACAUAAUCAGUUUUGAUGAGGUGGGAAUAAAGGCAGGAAGGAAGGCUUUCAAUUCUGGUUUGAUUGUUGCCUUUUGUCUGGAAGGGCCCAUCUUGGAUGUUUAGAAUAAAACCAAUUUUUGGUUGAUAAGUCCUGCCUUGUGGCUGUCCCAGCUGGGAUUUUACAAUAAUAGUUUUUAUUUUAAAAUUAAUUUUUAUUAGUUCUCAUUUACUAAAAUUAGUUAGCGAACUAUUAGUUGUAGUUAACCAAUCCCAUCUGUUCAAAUAAUACCCUUGAGCAAGGGAUCUACCCUGCGUUGCUACAGCAAACAUUUGCCAGCUGUGUAAAUGGGUAAAUCACAGUAAAUAACAGUCAGUUCAGAGUGCUAAGUGAUAUCUUUCAGUUGUGAUGCUAGACUAAUAUUAACAUUGACGGUUGCGAUUAAUUAACACUGGGAAUGCGAUAGGACAUUGUUUAUCCACACUGCCUUAUGCUGAGCAUUGUUAGGUUGUGUAGCAGUAACCAUGGCAUCGCUGCACUGAUGGUAGCAGGACACACAAGCAGGUAAACUUGUAAGUGAAAGUUAGGAUGAACCUGUGAGCAAGGUGGUUACCCUGAACUGUGAACGGUGAAAAUACCCUUCUGUAUUAGUCACUGUGGAUAAAAAUGUCUCAAGUAUUUUUAGAUUUAAUUUGAUUUGAAUUUAAUUUUCAGUCUAGUUUUACCCUUAGCAAAAAUGUGCUUAGUUUCUUAUGCACACAUUCCCACACGACCCGUUUGAGAGAUAUUACACUGAAUAUUUUACAUGUACCUCUUGUGUUGUCAGACGCAGAAUAAAUGUAUGGUUUCCAGUUCUUUUGUGUACUGAGUAGAGCAGCAUAGGAGCACCAAGCACAAGCUGGAGAGGUGGCUGACGGACUGACAAGUCAUAUUUAUAAUUCUCCAAGUAAAGUCCUGUGUGCGAACCGCAUGGUCCGUGUAGAUUUAUUUAACCUCCGGCCUUGAUGGCAUGCAAACCUGGGCUUUGCCUGAUGUCGGCGGCUCACGCUGAAGUGUGAAGACGGGAGGUGCCCAGGAGAAGGUUCUCCAAGGAAGGCGUGGUCUUCAUUUGACAAAGACGCUGUCUGUUGGGAUGGA